UGUGCCGAUUAAAUUAAGUUUCGAAGGCAGUAAAAACAUUCUUCAACUACAACUUAGGUUUCGAAUUAAACAUUCCAACCUCAUAUUUUCAAGUUUCAAAUUAAAUUUCGAAAACCUUUUCUCAUUUCUCUGUUUUCGAUGCUUUUAUGAUAGUAGUGAUAUCAUCAGAUUGUUCGAAGUUUUUAAAUCUUAUCGUACAGUUUUAGAGAAAAAGACAUAUCAAAAAAGUAUUCAAAAUGAAGAGAGUAUUUACAAUCCCUAGAAGAGGUGUUAGUUCUGGUCCUACGCUGUUUUUGUGGCAAUCUAUGUCAGGGAAUUUUUUGGUUUCAACAGGGUUAGAUCAAGCAGUGAAUAUUUAUGAUAGACAUGGUGAAAAACAGCAUGAGUUAUCCUUACCUGGGAUCUGUAAUGGAAUGUCAUGGGACAAAGAUGGCCAAAUCCUUAGCAUCAUUUGUGAGCAUUCAAAUACUUUGUUAUUAUGGGAUUCAAAUACAAGAACAGUUUCACAUGUUGAUUCUGGAUUAAGAGAUCCAAUGACUUUAAUAGUUUGGUCAAAAAGUGCACCUUUGCUUGCUGUUGGUACUAUUAAAGGAAACUUGCUGAUAUAUAGCUAUCGGACAUCAAAAAAAAUUUCAAUUUUGGGCAAGCAUAACAAGCAGAUAACCUAUGGAGCAUGGAGUCAGCAAAAUUAUUUAGCUCUUGUUGCAAGUGACAAGACUUUUACAUUGAGUAAUGCUGAUGGAGAUACCAUGUUCCGGACAACUUUGAAAGGAGAACCUUCACAAGUUCAGUUCUCUUCUAUGAAGCAAGAUGCACCAGGAGGUGGAGAAACCACUGUGAGCUUGAUUUUGAACAGAAAAGCACUUUUCCUCCUUAAUAUUCAUGAUCCUGAAGAUCCAAUUGUAUUGUCUUUUCAAGAAAAAUAUGGAAGUGUAGUAGAUUAUUAUUGGCAUGGUGAAGGAUACAUUCUCUUAGGAUUUUCUUCUGGAUUUUUUAUUGUUCUUUCCACACUACUCAAAGAAAUAGGACAAGAAAUGUGUCAUGUGCAGUGUUUCAAAAAUAAUCUUACUUAUAUGGCCUAUUGUGCUUCAGAAAAAAAAGUUAUUGGAUGUGGUGAUGAUAAUAAAAUAAAAACUUAUGACAUUCGAAAUUUGCAAGAAAUGCUACACAUGAUUACUGUUGAUGAUGAACAAUAUAUUGAUGGAAUUCAGUGGAGUGAUGAUGGCCAGUUAUUGGCUUUGGCUGGGAGUGAGGGAAAUCUGCAUGUAUACUUGACUAAGCUACCUGUUUUGGGUUCUGUUUUUAGUCAAAAGUUAGCCCAUCUCAGUUCAUUAUAUGAAGUUUCCAUUUAUUCUGCUAGAAAAAAGGAUAAUGUUACAAAACUUAAAAUAGACAUUGAACCAAAAUUUAUAGCUUUAGGGCCUUUUCAUCUUGCAGUUGGAAUGAAUAACAGAGCCUGGUUUUAUACUCUCAAUGACACAGGGGCUGAGUUUUUAUCUGAUAGAGAAUAUUUGAGUACAGUAAGAAGUUUGUAUUUGAACAGUGACUAUGCUUCUGCUUUAAUUGAUGGCAAGAUACAACUUCAUAUGAUAGAUGAACCCAAUAUGCCUUGCAUGGAGAGAGAAUCAAGAAUAUUUCCUGAUCCUGACCAAAGAAAUACAGUUAUUACUUGCCAUGCCUUAACCAAUGAUUUUCUGAUAUUUGGAACUGAUACUGGAAUGAUUCACCUUUUUUCAUUAUUGGAGUGGGAAUUUUGUGUAUCUACUCAACAUCCUCAAAACACAGGAAUUAAGGAUCUGCAACCUGAUUUCUCUGGGACACGGAUUCUUAUAAUUGAUUCCAAAGGUGCUGCUUUCAUCUGCAAUCCGUUAGAUUCCACCAUGCUGAUUGUCCCUAAUUUUUCAUCCAAUGUUACUCAUAUUUUAUGGAAUCACAGUACAUUAUAUAAGGGAGUUUUUAUUGCUUUUGAUGAUGCAAAAGCAAAUACAUUCAUUUAUAUCUGUGAUAGUGUUGAAGGAAGCAAGGUUGAGCACCUUCAUUCUUUUCCAAGAAAUGAUUUAUACCCUGCUCUACUAGUAGAAGAAGAGAUCACAUUUCUUACUCCAACAGGCAAAACAUCUGUUAUGCCAGUUCCUGGUCAUCAAUUAGAUGUUUAUGGAUAUGCACAAGACCCUAAUCAACUUGAUAGCAAUUUCAAGACUGCUAUAAGAUUGCAAAGAUUUGAUCAAGCUUAUGCUUUGUCUUCAUUGAUGAAGUCUGAAAAACAUUGGAAUGAAUUGGCUAAAGCUGCUCUUUAUAGUUUAGACAUAGAAGCAGCCUAUAGAAUUUUUCAAAAACUUGGUGCUGGAAGUAAGGUUAUGAUACUUGAAGAAAUAAAAGAGGUAGAGGAUACAAAGCUUCUUGCUGGUCAUAUAGCUGAAUUCUUUUUUAAGAAUUAUGAACUGGCUCAAAGUUUAUAUUUAUCUUCAUCUAAGCCUUCUGCAGCUUUAGAAAUGAGGAAAAAUCUUUUUCAAUGGGAUUCUGCCUUGAAAUUAGCCACAACUUUGAGUCCAUUAGAAGUUCCUCUGAUUUCAAAAGAAUAUGCUGAACAACUUGAAUUCACAGGAGAUAUAACUGCUGCUCUUAAUAACUAUGAAAAAGGUUUGCAGAUUGAAUCUAGUGAUGAGUAUUUGGUGAGGCGCCAUAUUAAUGUUUGUAAGGCUGGUAUUGCUAGAACUUCAAUUAGAUCUGGUGAUUAUAGAAGAGGAAUAGGAAUAGCAGAAGAAUUAAACGAGCCUGUUUUGUAUCAAGAAUGUGCAAAUAUUUUAGAGGAAAUGAAGGUAAUAUCUGAUGCUGCAAUGCUGUAUGAAAAAGGUGGAUUUGUUGAUAAUGCUGCUACUUUGUACAUAAAAUUGAAGAACUGGAGGAAGGUUAAGGAACUUCUACCUAAUAUUUCUUCCCCCAAAAUCCUUGCACAGUAUGCUAAAGCCCAAGAAGGGGACAGUAAUUAUGCAGAAGCUGCACAAGCAUAUGAAAAUGCAUUUGAAUAUGCAGAUGCAAUAAGGAUUUAUUUGGACCACUUAGGAGAUCCUGAUUCAGCUGUAAGGAUAGUGAAAAACUCCAACUCUGUCGAAGGGGCACGGAUGGUUGCAAUGUUUUUUCAGCAUCAUAAUGAUAGUGCUUCUGCUAUUAAAUUCUUGGUAAUAUCAAAUUGUCUUAAUGAAGCUUUACAAAUGGCACAAGAGACAGAUAAUAUGGAAGUGUACGCUGAUGCCAUCGGUAAUGACAGAGAUCCAUCUGAUUUCAUCAACAUUGCUGUUUACUACGAGUCAAAACGAAAUUAUCUACUUGCUGGAAAGUAUUUUAUGCUUGCUCAGAGGUAUAAGAAGGCUGUGAAACUUCUUCUAGAUGUAUCUGGUCAAGAUGAAGACAAAGCUAUUGAGCUUGCUAUUCAAGCAGCUGGCGAAGCCCAAGAUGAACAAAUAACCAAACAACUAGUUUCCCAUAUAAUGGGAGAAACAGAUGGAACAGUGAAGGAUCUACAACACAUCUAUCAUCUUUACAUUUCUUUAGGACAGAUUAAAGAAGCAGCUAGGAUAGCUGUCAUCAUGGCAAAUGCAGAACAAAACUCGGGUACAUAUAAGAAGGCAAAACUGCUGUUACUCGGCAUGUAUGCAAAAUUAAAGGAAAAAGGUAUGCAGAUUCCAAUUGGAAUGUCCCACAGUUUAAUGCUACUACACAGUUACAGUCUUGCUAAGUUGCAUAUGCAAAGGGGAGAUCAUAUGAAAAGUGCUAGAAUGCUCAUCAGAGUUUCAAAUAAUCUGAACAAAUUUCCACGCCAUGAUGUCCAGAUUUUAACCACCACUGUGUUCGAGUGCCAAAAGGCUGGUCUGUACAUAUCUGCUCAUAAAGCGGCUGUGAUGCUGAUGAGACCGGAAUACAGAUCGAAACUCGAUCCAAAAUAUAAAAAGAAGAUUGAAAAUGUUGUAAGGAAGCAUCAGAAGAUAGAAGAGGAGGAGCUAAAUAUGCCCUGUCCUUACUGUGAUGCUGAAGUGCCUCAAACUACUUUAUAUUGUGAACACUGCAAAUACAAUUUACCAUAUUGUAUUAUUACGGGACACCAUAUUGUUCGAAGUGAUAUUGCCUUAUGUCCCAAAUGCCAUUUUCCUGGAAUGUUGGCUGAAUUUUCUAGGUCUUUGACAGUCGACAAAACCUGUCCAAUGUGCCUAUCAGAGAUAUCAUCAUCUGAUCUGAUUGAAGUCGAAAAAGUUCCACCUGAAAAUUUUGAUGAAGAGGAUUCAAAUGUUUCUUCACUGAACAGGAAUAAUAUAGAAAAGUGAAUGAAAAAUAUGCCAGUUUUCUUUAACCAAGAAUUUUUUUACACUUUUGAUUUACAGAAAAGCUUAUUAUUAUUACAUUUAUGAAUUUUUAUUAGUAGUGAGGUGAUCAAAAGUAUUAAUUUAUGAAAUUAUUCUUUAAGUUUUCCUAGAAAUUUUAUGUAGCAAUAAGAAACUCCUGUGUUGAUUUCAGACUUUGCUUCUGGAAUUCUCUGUUUGGCCUUUUGCUUUUUCCCCUUCGUUACUUCUUAAAUAAAAUGAUUCUUCUCUAGAUAAUAAUUCAAAUAGGAAUUUUUGCUUCCAAAAAUUCAAUUAGGAUCACAUAAAUAUGUAAUCAGUCUAAUAUGUAAAUAUCUUUUAGAAUGCCGCUAAUACGAUUUCCUGCGGAAAUUCUCAAAAUUAUACUUCUUUGUAUGAUGAGAACUUUUCGUGCCUAUUACUGAAGUCUUAAAAUUCAUUGCUAAACGUUAUAUUUAAGUUUUUUUUUCCAUUACAGAUUUUAUGAAAAUGAAUUGCAUUAAUGAUUUUUUUAAUCAUCGAAAGUCACGUUCAUAAUAACAGUCAUUUUCUGUUUAACCCUUUAAAGGGCCAUUUUUUUCUAGUCAUAUUAUGUUAAAAUAUUUUUAGGCUUGAAAUUAGAAUAAGAAAAGGGAUUCAUUUAGCUUAUUAGAUAAAUUUAAUUUGAUUAAUUUAUUAUUGUCCGAGAUAAAGAACUGAAGCAUCUAAGUUUCUGACUUACUAAAAAAAAUGUGUCAGAACUUAUGCCAACCUACAUAAUUUCAUACAAAGAUUGAUAAAUUUGGUGAGAAGUAUACUUCCCAUGGCCUUAGAAAGGGUUAAAAAAAAAGGCAGCAUUGACUUAUGAUCUAUGGAAAUAUAUGAAGCAUCUCUAGUCAUAAUGACCAUUGAAUGUAAAGUGGUUAUUGAAAAAGCAACACAAAGAAAGUUUACAAAUGUAUAUAUAUAAAUACACACACACACAGUCAUGUUAUUUUUUGAAAGCAUUUUUCUAUAUAUUUAUUAUGAUUUUAACUUUUCAUAAUAGAAAAGCAAAUAUUUGAGAGCCAUAUGAAAGUCAUCAAGAUUAUUUUGUUAUGGUUUUAUUAUUUACAGUGUAGGAGGUAUACGCAAGAAUUCCCUUAUCUCGCUCAAUUGAAAUUGUAGUUUUUUUUGGAUUAGUUUGUGAGCUAUUCGAAAUUAGUUUUCAGAAAACGCUAUUUUGUUAUGAAUACAUAGACAGAUUGCAAUAUAUUAUUAUGGUUGCAAUUGAUUAUAUACAUAUCACCUUGUAGGAAUUAAUUUGAUAAUAAUAGAUAAUUAUAGAAGACAAAUGUUGAAUUUUCAAUGACCGUCCAACAAAAUAUAAAAUUUUGUAAUAAUAAAACUGAUGAAAAUUUUAAUGUUUUAUUAAGAAAACUUGUUUGAACGAAAUGUCGUUACAUUUAGAUGACAUAAUUUCUUAGAAUUUGCUUUAUGCAGUGUUGACCAAGCAUGUUACCAUUGAUGCAGUUAGCAUGCAGAUGCUACUGUAUAGUUCAGUAGAGAUAUCAGAACUUGCUAAAUUCAAACCAAUGACACAUUGCAUGAGCUCAGUAGAUUGUUAAACAUUAAUUUUUUUGUUUUACUUAAAAUGGAAAUUAGUUUUCAAGGAAGCCAAGAAAAUAUUUACUUUUUGGACAGCUGCAGAGCUAUUGACGAUUUUUAAACUAAUCUUCAUUAACCUGCAAAGAAACUGGAGAAAAACUUAUUUAAUGCAGUUCUAAUUUACUGUUAAUCUUAUGUAGUACUCUCAAUUAAAUAACUUCUUUUGAAUACUUUUUCCUGUAUUAUAAAUAAUUAAUGUUAUAAAAUAUAAAUUUUUUUAUGUGUUUAAAUUUUUUUUAUAUUGAGCCUAAAUGAAUUCAACGAUUUUUUUUUUAUUGAAGAUAUUACUUCCAUUAUUUUAGAGUUAUAGAUUGGGGGAAAAAAAACUGUCUAGAUAAAUUGUAUUUUCGAUUAGUAGCUGAAGAGUGUUAAUCGAUAUUAUCAGUAAUUCUACCGAUGCACUAAUAAAUCUCUUUUUAAUAUGUAUAUUUAUGUUUUUGGCUUCUUUUGUCUCAAGAAGUGAACAGAUUAGUCACCAAUUUUGUCAACAGCAACUGAUUUUGAAGUGUCAAAUUAAUGUAACCGAAAAAAGAGUGUUUUGAAAAUUGCAAUAAACUCUGAAACACAGGAGUUGCUUUUUAUCUAUUGCAUCAUCUAAUGUGUGUUAGAAACCAACAGUUUUCUUUAAAUAAAAUUGCGAUGAAUGUUUAAUAUAAUUUUUAUCGUAGGAUAUCAAAUACUAGUCCAGUAAGCAGCAUCUCAUUUUUUUCUGAGUCUUGUGUGCAAAAUUAAUGCUCAAAUUUUAAACAGUGUAAUUUUAAUAAAUACAAAGCCAUUCUUAUAUUAUUAAAGUCAUAAAAUUCUUAUAUUAAAGUCAUCGAAUUUUGUCAGGCAUUUCAAAAACUUUAAUAUGUCUUAAAUAUUUUCAUGCUUAUAAGAAUAAAUUCUUCUAUACUUAAGAUUUUGUAAGAUUCUAUUUAUCAUUUAUGUUUAGUACUUAAUUUUACAGAUUCUAAUUUUUAUUGUCCAAGAUAGCCAAAGAAAAUCACUUGAAUUUUUCGAAUAAAUUAAAGAAUCAAUACAGUUGGCCCUGUUAGAUUUCCUUUACCAAAUCAAAAGAAUUUUUUUAUAUCUAAAAUUAAAUUAUUGGCCUUAGAAAAUGCAAAUAAAUGGCUACUUGUGUUAUACAAGAAAUCAAUGAUAUAAUGUUAUAUUUAAACAAAAAUUCGAGAAAAUCGUUUUACUGUGCAUACAUUUUUAAAAUUAUAUUGUAUAUGCAAGGAGAACAUCAACAAAAUAAAAUCUAUAAAAAGAUGGAAUCAAAGCGAUGAAAGAGCACGAAUGAAAAUGUUCAUAGUGGAAAAAAAAAAAAAAAAAAUCAUCCAUUAAGUCUCAUCUCCUCGAAUUGAAAAUAUGUACUUCUGAAAUGGCAUUGUAUAUCAUAUAUUCUAAAUGCUUAAUUAUUCCGUCCAAGUUUUUCAUUUUUUUAAAUGCUUCUUAUUUUGACCAUACUUAAUUUAGAAAUUUGUGUUUACAGCUGUAUUAUUUGGUAUUAAGUUUCUUAUUUUACUAUAGUCUUUGUAGAAGUUUGUAUUGAUUUAGUUUCUAGUCAUUCAUGUACUUUAAAUCAUGUUUUGGAGGUAACUUAAAAUGUUUUGCACCUUUUUAUAUUGUAUAUCA